UCAGUUGAUGUGCUGGCGAUGCUCCUCUUCUCCCCAAGCAGAGGAGAGUCGCGGGCUCAUGUGUCAACAUCCAGGCUUUCCCUCGGGGAGGCGGAACGUUAUUCCAUAAAAACUCAUCUUCCUUCGAUCAGGCUUUUCUCUUUUUUACACGCACGAAAAAUCAAAUUUCCAACUAUUUUGGUAGCAGUUUCUCCGCGUUACCGACUCAGGCUGUGAAGACAAGGAUUGUUCUGCGUAUCCUAAUAGUUCGGCGGUAGCCAACGUUGUUCCCAACGAUGACAGGGUACAAAGUGCGAAUACCAAUCAUUUAAAAAUCACAUAUCCGGGCGACGCGUUAGCUUAGCCAGCUAGCCCGCUUGGUUGGACCAGACGACGGAGACUCUGCGAGGGACGCUGCUGACAUGAUGUUUCCUCAAUCGAGGCACUCGGCAUCCGCUCAGUCCGGCCAACCCCUCAAGUUCACCACUUCGGACUCGUGUGACCGCAUCAAGGACGAGUUCCAGUUCCUCCAAGCACAAUACCACAGUUUGAAGUUGGAAUGUGACAAACUGGCCUCGGAGAAGUCCGAGAUGCAGCGUCACUACAUCAUGUACUAUGAAAUGUCCUACGGGCUGAACAUUGAAAUGCACAAACAGGCGGAAAUAGUCAAGAGACUGAAUGGCAUCUGUGCUCAGGUGCUGCCAUACCUGUCUCAGGAGCACCAGCAGCAAGUCAUGGGCGCCAUCGAGAGAGCCAAACAGGUCACGCCCCCUGAGAUGAACUCCAUCAUACGGCAACAGCUGCAGGUGCAGCACCUGUCCCAGCUGCAGGGUCUGGCCCUACCCGUGGCCCCGCUGCCUCUGGGCCUGACUCCUCCCACCCUGCCGGCCGUGUCAUCCAGCUCAGGCCUGCUGUCGCUGUCGUCCAUCCUGGCCAACUACUCUCACGGCCAAGCCCAGGCCGCCAAGGAGGACAAGGCCCGCGACGGCGCCGAGAGAGCGCCCAGGCCAGAGGACGGGGACAAAUCUGACUAAAGUGUAUCUGAAGGUCUCUGAGGUAAAGCUGUCACUGUGUGUGUGUGUGUGUGUGUGUGUGUGUGUGUGUGUGUGUGUGUGUGUGUGUGAGCGCUAGCGCGCGCGUGUGUUUGUGUGGAGGUGGGUGGUGGUGUCAAGUGGAGAGGAGCAGAGACAAUGUCAGGAGGGGAGCGACGUGUAGAUAUUAUUUAGUGGACUAUGUAGACUCAUGCUUGUAGAUUUUGACUUAGACGCCAUUGUAGUGCAAGCCACUGUUUGUUUCUUUGUUCAGAGUGACAGCCUUCACAUUUCUUCUUCUUUCCAUUUUUUUCCCCUUCAGUCCUUCGCUUGUUUACUGUAGCUUUGUUCCUUUGUAGUCCAAUGAAAUUAUGUUUCUUAAAGGGACAGUCAACCUCAAAACACAUGACCCCUCACUUGAAAAAAUUGUAUUUACUUUAUUUUUCAUUUGUUUUGCAACACCAUUCAGCUGUGUACCUCAGUCCCAUCUGAUGGGAUUUUAAUUCCAUUAUAACGCUUUCUACAUAUUGUAUACUUAAUCCACCUGAGGCUGUUCGGAAGGGGAUUUGUCUUAAAAAAAAUGUUUGUGUGUGAAACUGCAGGCCGAGUAGACAUGUGUUUGUAUGUCUGUGUGUGAGAUGCAAUUGGGGGGAAAACGGAAAAAAAAUCUUUUGAUUGAACUUCUUUGCUUGAAGCACCUUUUCCUUGAAUGGGCCACAGCCUUGCUACAGCGCCCCCUGCUGGUCCACUCAUCUACUGACCAAGACACACACAAGAGGUCACAUUUUUCUCCGGCUCUUUGUCACAUGAUGAACUACACUGACGAGACAAAAAAACAAUACAAUUGUGAUUAUUUUUUUUAUUUUUUCCCAAAUAAGUACUUUUUUCUUGGAAUCCAAUUUUAUUGUCAUAAAAAAAAUCCCAUUAAAUUACAAACACCCCCCCCCCCAUCUAAAAAAAUUAGGGCUGUCAAACAAGCAUGUUAAUGGCAGUAACUAAUUUACUUCAGGCCAUCAACAGCAGGGCAAUUCCAACACCAUAUACUGUAUGUAUCGCCAACUUCAAACAACAGGUCUCUAGUCCAUUCAUCAUUGCAACACCUCAUUCUCCCUAGACAGGCCGCGAGAUGCAUUCAUGGACAUUCCGACAUUCUGCACAAUAAUCUCUUUAUUACAUAUGGUCUAAAUGGACAGAAAUGCAAAGGAAAGCAAUAAGUGGAUAUUCUUAUCACUCACUUUGAACCUCAACACAAGGACAAUUUGCUGCAUUUAGUGCUCGAACAUCCCAGAAAAUUCACUCAAAACGUGAAUUCAACUUGAUGUGGUGUCUUUCAAUGCAAGUCCUCCUUGUUCAUAAUAACACGUCUAAAGUCUGAUUCAAAUAUUCUGCUAAUCAUUUGACUGCCCUAAAAAAUCUGAUUUAAAAUUUUGUUAAGUAUCAUCUGAUAAUUUUUACCACCAUGUACCACAGAACAUUACGACCUAAUGAAUCAAUUGAUCUGUCAACAUAUUUACAUAAAUUGACAAUUACUGGGCCUGACAGCUAGGAGACCCGAGUUCAAUUCCACCCUUGGCCAUCUCUGUGUGGAGUUUGCGUGUUCUCCCCGUGCACGUGUGAGUUUUCUCCGGGUCCUCCGGAGAACUCCUUCCACAUUCCAAAAACAUGCUAGGUUAAUUGGCCACUCCAAAUUGUCCAUAGGUAUGAAUGUGAGUGUGAAUGGUUGUUUGUCUAUAUGUGCCCUGUGAUUGGCUGGCGACCAGUCCAGGGUGUACCCUGCCUCUCGUCCGAAGACAGCUGGGAUAGGCUCCAGCACCCCCAUGACCCUCGUGAGGACAAGCGAUAGAAAAUGAAUGAAUGACAAAUACUGCAAAAAAUUGUAACUAAAUUAUAAUAUUACAACUUUUUAAAUAUUUUGCUGCUUCCAGGGCUCCAGACUGCUACAAAAAUAAAUUUGUCAUCAACUCGUGCAUGUGCGACCAGAUAAAAGUACGCCUGUUGACAAGGGACACACUUUGUCCCUUACCACCGUGACAAUAGUCGAUGGAGGACAGCUUGCUACAGUCUAAGCCUAUCACUGUCAGCGUGUGUGAUCGCUCUCGUUUUAAUUGCAUUCCAUUCAUUUUUCUACCGUCUUUGUUUACACAUUUUUCUGGCUCUCACUUUCUAGAGUUAUGUGCCAAGCCUCUGGUCCAUGGACUCCAAAUGUGACUUUUAAUUUUUCCCCACUGACAAACAAACAAACAAUGCAGUUCGUUCGGAGCUCAAAUUUGUUUUGUUUGUGGGACUAUGUGCUAACUUUCUUUAAGUGUCACGUAACAACCUUGCUCUCCGCUCUGAUUUUGAGUAGCUCACCAAAGAAUAUUUGCUUCAAAUCUUGCUGUUUUUUAUAGCUCUUCAAUUCAGAUAUGCCUGUACUUAAUGACAAAUUAGCACAAAAUAGCAGAACGACAAUGAGCUUUGUACUGUAAAUAAAGUGCAAUUGAAAUGUUGACAGUCACAUGAAACACACACACAGCCUUAUGUCAAAGUAUCUUUCGGUAGUGCUAGAAAUUGGACAGCUCUGGAUACUCACUUUAUACUGUUUUAUAUUAAACGGGGCAGAUUUAUAUAAGAAACCGUUUUUAUUCUGUUAAUUGUGUUAUUGAACAAUUGAUUUCUGGGACUGUACUGAUUCAUUGUCCUAACAAUUCAUGGUUGAACUUUCAGUAACUUUUUAGCCAAAAAUUCAACCAAGUGUGACUGUGAAAUAAAUACCUGAAUUACUGGACAGUCAGAGGGGCCACAAGAGGCUUUGAUUUCAAUGCGGACCUGCCAACAGGUACAGAUUUAUAGUACUCAAUGUGAAAUUUGACUCUUGGAUACGCUUGUAUGCGCUCCAUUUUGUUGCAUUUUCUUGAUUUCAGUUUCGCUUCUCUGGUAUUUCAAUUUUCUGUCCCUUGGUGGGGUGGCAUGACAGAAAAUAAUUGAGAAGCACUGAUUUCAGGUUUGUGUCAAAUAGUGCACACAAUGAACUCAUUCAAUCUCAACCAUAUGUCAAAAGAGUACAGGACAGAAUUUUGUUUUCCAUUGUUGGAAAUCAACAUCAAGGUUAGACUAUCGUCGUGCUUUGGGAAAAAAAUGUUUGUUUCUACCCUUUUGUUCUUUAAUAAUCAUCAGUAAAACAUAGGUACGUUUCAGGAAAAUAUGAGAAAAAAAAAUCAGCUUUUUCCGUUGUCAACUUUUACUUUGACAGCAAUUUUUUGCUUUUGUCACAGCUGAAGUAGCUAAACAACUAUACCAUAACUUAAACAACACAGCAAAGGGUUGUUUUACAUCAAAAUAGCUAUUAAUUACAUGGACUAUUUCCAAUUUUCACAUGGAAUAAAACUGUGUGUGUGUGUACAUGUACAUGCAAUAAUUUAUCUGCACGCUACACUCCUCCAUGCGCUUCCACGUCCUCCUUGCUGUUGAAUGGGGUUUUUUACAAACAGAAGAUCCAUCCCGAGCGCUUCUAUUGGUGUGCUGUUGCAUCAUCACCUCAUUUUUGCCCCCGGCGCUACUGGCACUAUUGGCGUUAAUAGUGUUUACAGUUAUACAGGGAAAAUUAGAAUAAAUGUAUGUUAACUUUGAGAUUUUCUGCUUGCUCUCCUAAAAUUUUAACUUCGGGGCAUCUGCUCCAGGUAAAAAACCAAAAAAAAACCAAAAGCUAGUCUGGAGCCCUGACUUGAUUCUCAUUAAACAAUCAAAACAUUUUUAUUUUUACACUACCAGAAAUCUACUCCAUGAUACUUGCGUGACGUGAAUUAUAAACUGUGAUCCAAAACAUCCAAUUAUGAUCCACAUAUAUGGUAAAAACGGACAAUAUUCGGUUUCAUUUGCUUGGUAGUCUUUUUUUUUGUUGUUGCUCAUUUGCAACUAUGAAACGAGCCAACUCAUAAAAAUGAGUAGUGUUUCCACUUAAGGCCAGCAGGGGGCAGCGCUGUUCUCUCAUUGGCACUUGUGACGUCACGCACUCACGAGGCUGAUCCGAGGUCAGUUGGAAUGUGAGUUUAUUUUAAUUUUUUGGGCCGCCCACCACCCAACCAGAGCUUAGACAACUCCCUGAAACCCUUUUCUUUUUCAUUUAAAUGACUUUAUAAAAAUUUUAAGCAUAAUUAUUUUUAGAAAAGCACUUAAGUGGUGACUCUGUGCUAAAACUAUUUCCCCUAAUUAUGAACAAACAGCCAAAAGAAUGCUAUGUCUAUGUUUUUGUUUUUGCGCUGUGAAGGGCCAAUUUGUACACAUGAAUAUAUCAAUAUACAUAUUUUUUAAAGCAUUUUUGUAUGUUUCAAAGCUGCUUUUUAACUGCUUUUGUGUGUAACAUGGGAGACGUUUGUGUUGUGUGUGUGUGUGUGUGUUACAUUAAGAGGCACAAUGUCCUUCAUUUGGAUUGUUUUUCCUCUCGUUCUCUCAUCCUCUGCAACACUUUGCUCAGUUUGUAAAUGUUCGAUCCUUUUUUUGUGCAAAGACAAAAAAAUGUCUUUUAAAAAGCUAAGACCACAACAAGGAGAAUAGAAAAAAGAAGAGCUGUAAAGUGAAAAGAAACUGUGUACGCUAAUGACAACAAAUCAACCUUUUAGCAGUAAGGGAGCUUCUCUGGUGCCUUACAAAUAAAAGAUGUGAUUGAUUGGA